AUGAUGCUAUCAUAUAUAUAUUUAUUGCUCGCGCUAAUGGUGCCUAUAUUUGCCGAUCCAUCAAUGGAGGAGUUGGAAGGUACUUGGACCUCAAAGUCAAACACUGUGUUCACGGGUCCAGGAUUCUAUGACCCUGUUGAUGAAUUAUUGAUUGAACCAGACUUGCCUGGUAUUUCCUAUUCGUUCACCAAAGAUGGCCAUUACGAGGAAGCUCUUUAUCGUGUCACUAGUAACGCAAAAAACCAUUCAUGUCCUAUUGGCUCAUUGACUUACCAACAUGGAACUUAUGAGAUUCUCAGCAAUGGUUCAGUUGUAUUGACUCCUAUCGCCGUUGAUGGAAGACAAUUGUUGUCUGAUCCAUGCAACCAAGAUGAUCCAUCCAAAUCUUCAUACACCAGAUAUGUGCAGCCAACGUGGUUCAAGACUUACCAAAAAUACGUUGACCCAUACCAUGGUAGAUGGAGAUUACAAAUAUACCAAUUUGACGGAUCCAAAAUGCAACCAUUGUACUUGGCUUACAAACCACCGCUUAUGUUGCCCACGGAGGCACUUAAUCCAACUGAUGCAGCUAGUGAAACUGCUUCUACAUUAGCAAAAGGUGACAGUAGUGGUAGCAGCAGCAGCAGCACUAAAAAGAGGAGAAGCCUUUCAGAAGUAAGAUCUAAUUUGAAGAGAUCGUUGGAGAAUUCUUAUAGAACUAAUGCUGUGAAAAGAGGACACGAAGACUCGUUUGACAAGUAUUGGUGGAUCAGUGUUGGAUGUUUGGGUUUGGCUUCAGGAUACUUUUUCUUGAAAAAUUGA